AUGAACGUGUCAUCUGCCAAUGUGACUGUGGUCAUCGCAUAUCGGGACUCCUUCACUAAGGCUGUGACCAAGAAUGUGAUUGUCGUGGUUCUUAGCAUCUCCAUCAACUAUAUCAAUGCAGGCCUCAUUCACACUUUUCGUAAACACCAGAUCUUCUACACGAAUCCACGCUACAUCCUUUUUAUUCACCUGGUGGUCAACGACAUGAUCCAAGUGAUGCUGACUGUUAUGCUGUUCAUCAUCAGCUACAUCCUCUACAAAAUAAAUGUUUCCGUCUGUUGCAUCUUCAUCCUGAUUGCUCUUUUCGCCACUGAAAACACCCCUCUGAACCUGGCCUGCAUGGCGGUGGAGUGCUACAUCGCCAUCUGUCUCCCCCUUCGCCACGUGCAGCUCUGUACAGUCAAAAGAACGUUGAUGCUGAUUGGUUUAAUCUGGGUGACAAGCAUGUUGUCAGUCCUUCCUGAUCUCUUCAUCACUUUGGCCACAGAGCCACUGGACUUCUUUCAUUCCAGAGUCUUCUGUCUCAGGGAAACUGCCUUUCGAAAUCCCCAGAUUAUCAAAAAGAGAGAUAUUACCUAUAUUGUGUAUCUGGUAAUCGUUUGGUUUGUAAUUUUUUACACUUACUUCAGAAUUCUGUUCACUGCUAAAACAGCUAGCAAAGAUGCUAAAAAGGCCAGAAACACAAUCAUCCUCCAUGGGUUUCAGCUGCUGCUUUGUAUGGCAACAUACGUAGAACCCCCAGUAAAACAGGCUCUGCAGCAAGCGUUCCCUAAGAAUUAUCCAGACACCCUGUUCGCUUGUCAUAUUAUUGUACAGGUCCUGCCGCGAUCUAUUAGUCCCAUCAUCUAUGGCAUACGAGACAAGACUUUCAGGAAGUAUCUGAAAAGGUAUGUGUUUUGUUCAAUGAGCCCACAGAAACAAUCAGUUCAAUAA